ACAUAUAGCAUCUUUCUGGGCCAAUAGAUUAGAUUACAACAGCUGUGUAUUCUGAAAGAAUCAUUACUCAAAAAUCACAAACUCAUCAGAUCAUCACGACCAUGAAACGAAUAUUAUUUGAGUGCCUUAUCAGAAAAUCUUCAACUAUGCUUGAGAUUUUUCUCAAAUUGUGGCUCUUCUAUGCAAACAAGAGCUUUAUUGCCAAAUACAACUCUGGAGAAUAGUGGGAAAUUAUUAAAUUUGAAAUGCUCAGUCCAUCAAUUAGUUUAGUUUGUGGUUGUCCGUCGAAGGUAGUGUUUGGGAUUUUUUUGAGGCUCUCAUGUUCUCCAAAAAAUCCAAUCGGAUCUAUGAUAAAAGUGGCGGAAAAAAUAUUAAACAGAGAAAUGUUUCGGAGAAAUCAGCAAAGUUUUUGAAGGAUUUUGCAACGACUUUAAUUGAGGGACGAUGGAGGUAUACCCUGGUUGCAUUCACAGCAACUUUUGUGGUAUCAUGGACAAUCUUUGCUGUUCUGUGGAUGCUGGUGGCUCAGGCACAUGGGGACUUGGAUUUUGAUCCUGCGACAGGAGAACGAUUGAGUGACGGUAAAAGCACAUGUACCCACGGAGCAGAGGACUUUGCGGGUUUUUUCUUGCUCAGUGUAGAGGCUCAAGUGACGACAGGAUAUGGUGAAAAGUAUCCCAGUGAAGACUGUCCAGAAGCCCUUUUUCUCCUAAUGAUCCAAAUCCUGAUUAGUGUUGUAAUUGAGGGUGCAAUGAUUGGUGUCGUUUAUGCUAAAUUAACACGUCCUCCUCGACACUGUGGAGAUCUUGUCUUCACACGCAACUGUGUUAUCUGCCUCCGUGAUGGUGUUCUGUACCUCCUAUUUAGAAUCUCUAAUUUUGCCCAGCACCAAGAGAUAAGUUCGCGAGUUGAGGUAUUUCUCUGUGAGAAAAGUAUUCCCUUUGAGGGAGAGACAGAAAAUCACAAAUUGGAACUGCUGAAUGAUGGAAAGAUAACACUCUUCCUGCCUCAUGAUGUGUCUCAUCCCAUCACCGAAGGCAGUCCACUCUAUGGAUACUCAGCUGCUGAUCUCUUACAGGCAAAUUUUGAAAUUCUCGUCACACUCACGGGAAGUUCCAAAGCAACUGGACAGAUUACCCAAACUCGCACUUCCUACCUCCCCAGCGAAAUCCUCUGGGGCUAUCGCUUCAAGAACAUCGUCCACUAUGAUCAUGGACUGGAAACUUAUGUGAUUGAAAGUGAUAAAUUCAAUAGCGUUACACGUGUAGAUACACCCCUCUGCAGUGCUAAAUACCUGCGUCACGUGAAUGAGACUCUAUGCAGCACCAAAGACUCAAAUUUAAGAAGACGACACCGUAAGGAUCAUCAGGAUACGGAAAAAAUGUGCUGCAGCAAAUACAGUCUGCAGAUGGAUAUGCCAAUCGCAGAGAUUUCCCUGGACAGUGUCUUCAAGGAAAGCAAAAAGAGUCCUGAUGAAGUAGUUUCACAAUUUGAAACUCAAUCCUGGGAUGGAUUUUUUGAUACUCCCUCAAAUGAUAACGAUAUCGCAUUUUAAGACGUGUUUUAGGGUUUUUAUUAUCCGCUUUGUCUCACCUUUAUUGCAAUUGUAAGAACUUCUUGUUCAGAAACUCUACAAUCUCGGAAGAAGACCAAAGUCGAUGUAGAAUAGAAGAUCUCUCUUGUAAGUCUAUAAUUUUCAAUUAUUCAAGAAUUAAUUAUUCAGUUGUUAACUCUGUUAUUUUCUACCCGAUAAUUCCAUUGUGCGAAUUACACGAAAGAUUAGGAUCGCAUUCUAUUAAACUUGAUUUUGUUAAGUCGAUGAAAAGAAAGAUUAAUAAAAGUGAUUUUUGUUUUAUAUAAUUUCUAAUAAGAAAAUAUAAUUAUAUUGAAAAUUAAAAAUAUAACCAAUAUAACACUAAACUAAUAAAAGACCUAAAUUGAA